CCACCAUCAGAUGUUCCACUAUUCCAUCAUCAGAUGUUCCACUGUUCCACCAUCCGAUGUUCAACUGUUCCAGCAUCAGAUGAUCCACUGUUCCACCAUCAGAUGUCCCACUGUUCCACCAUCAGGUAUUACACUGUUCCACCAUUAGAUGUUCUACUGUUCCAUUAUCAGAGGCUCUACUGUUCCACCUUCAGAUGUUCCACUGUUCUACCAUCUCUGUUCCACUGUUCCACCAUCCGAUGUUCUGCCGUUCCACCAGCAGAUGGUCCACUGUUCCACCAUAAGAUGUCGUACUGUUCCACCAUCAGAGGUUCUACUGUUGCACCAUCAGGUGUUCCACUGUUCCACCACCACAUGUUCCACUGUUCCACCAUCAGAUGUUCCACUGUUCCACCAUCAGAUGUUCUACUGCUCCACCAACAGAUGUUCCACCGUUCGACCAUAAAAUGUUGUAUUGUUCCACCAUCAGAUGUUCCACUGUUCCAGCAUCAGAUGUUGUACUGUUCCACCGACAGAUGUUCCACUAUUCCACCAUCAGAUGUCCCACUGUUCCACCAUCAGGUAUUCCACUCUUCCACCAUCAGAUGUUCUACUGUUCCACCAUCAGAUGUUCUGCUGCUCCACCAACAGAUGUUCCACCGUUCGACCAUAAAAAGUUGUAUUGUUCCACCAUCAGAUGUUCCACUGUUCCACCAUCAGAUGUUGCACUGUUCCACCAACAGAUGUUCCACUAUUCCAUCAUCAGAUGUUCCACUCUUCCAGCAUCAGAUGUUCCACUGUUCCACCAUCAGAUCUUCUACUGUUCCACCAACAGAUGUUCCACUGUUCGACCAUCAAAUGUUGUAUUGUUCUACCAUCAGAUAUUCCACUGUUCCACCAUCAGAUGAUUCAUGGUUCCACCCGCACAGGUUCCACUGUUCCACCAUCACAUGUUCCACUUUUCCAACAUCAGAUGUUCCACUGUUCCACCAUCAGAUGUUCAAGUGUUCCACCACCUCUGUUCCACUGUUCUAUCAUCAGAUUUUCCACGUUUCCGCCAUUAGAUGAUCCACUGUUCCACCAUCGGAUGUUCCACUAUCAGGUAUUCGACUGUUCCACCAUUACAUGUUCUACUGUUUUAUUAUUAGAGGCUCUACCGUUCCACCAAUUGUUGUUCCACUGUUCCACCUUCAGAUGUUCCACUGUUCCACCAUCUCUGUUCCACUGUUUCACCAUCAGAUGUUCUGCCGUUCCACUAGCAGAUGUUCCACUGUUUCACUGUUCAACCAUAAGAUGUCUUACUGUUCCACCAUCAGAGGUUGUACUGUUGCACCAUCAGGUGUUCCACAGUUCCACCACCACAUGUUCUAUUGUUCCACCAUCAGAUGUUCCACUGUUCCACCAUCAGAUGUUCUACUGUUCGACCACCAAAUGUUGUAUUGUUCCACCAUCAGAUCUUCCACUGUUCCACCAACAGAUGAUCCAUGGUUCAACCAUUAGAUGUUCCACUGUUCCACCAUCAGAUGUUCCACUGUUACACCAUCAGAUGUUCUACUGUUCCACCAUCAGAUGUUUCACUGUUCCACCAUCAGAUAUUCUACUGUACCACCAACAGAUGUUCCUCUGUUCGACCAUCAAAUGUUGUAUUGUUCCACCAUCAGAUGUUCCACUGUUCCACCAUCAGAUGAUCCAUGGUUUCACCAUCAGAGAUUCCACUGUUCCACCAUCACAUGUUGCACUGUUCCACCAUCAG